AUGUUCCAAGCUCCAGCUCCAGCCAUCCACCCAGACCAGAUGGUGGUCGACAGGGUGCAUCGCCUAAGACGGCCACAACACAUGCCGCCCACCACAGAGAGGGAUGUCAUCGCACGUGUACAUUUUUUCCACGUGAAAGAACAGAUCAUGAGAGAAAGCAGAACGGCAGGCAUGCCGGACCCGUAUGGACACAUCAAAAUUUUUGCCGACUUAUCAGCAGAAACACUACAGUUUAGGAAAAGUCUGACCCAGAUCACAGCCACCCUGCGAGAGAAGAACAUCGCCUACAGGUGGGGAUACCCAGCCAAACUACUGAUCCACCGCGAGGGGAAAAUGCACGUGAUACUCAACACUGAAAUGGGGCUACUUAAACUCAAGGACUGGGGCAUACAGGUUGCAGAGGAGGUGAAACAACACCGCCUUAACAUCCCCAGAGUACCAAGAGACUGGUCAACCGCCUGA